AUGUCUGCUAUUCACGAAUACCCCGCUGAGAGUGUCGACAAGAAGGAGAAGAGGGAAUACGCGGUCGAUGGCCUUGAGGCCGGCGAUGAAUCCGAUGGACAUCUUUCCUUCACUGCAUUGAUUCAAGAAGACCACAAACAUGAGAUCAAGCUCCGGACGAUGUCGUGGCAGAAAGCCGCGUGGCUCCUCGCCGGAGAUCAGGUCUGUCUUGCUAUUAUGGCGCAGACAUGGUCACUCUCCGUGUUAGGAUGGGUUCCCGGCAUCAUAACCAUGGUGGGAGCUGGCAUCCUCUUCUGGAUCACCUCAAUCACUAUGCACAAAUUCAUCAUGAAAAACCCCCAGAUCAAGGAUAUCUGUGACUUCGGAUACGAGGUAUUCGGAAAGAGCAAAAUUGCCUACGAAUGGACCGGAUUCAUGCUUCUGGCCAAUAACAUCCUUCUAAUCGGUUUCCAUGUUCUCACCGGAGCCAGGGUCCUCAACACCCUAUCAGAUCACUCGCAGUGCACUGUUGUCUUCUCAGUCAUUUGCACGCUGAUGGGUAUUGUGAUGUCCCUGCCAAGGACCUUGAAGCAUGUCUCUUUUAUGUCGAUGUUCUCAGCUGCUUGCAUGGGUAUAGCUAUCCUCCUCUUCCUUGUCUUUGCUGGCAUCGAAGACGCACCCCUCUACGGCUACAACGGCGACUACCCCACCGACGGCCUAGUCCGCACCUACACCUUCCCUCUCCCGGGCACAACAUGGGUGAACUGCAUGAACGCCGUCCUCAACAUCACCUUCCUCUGGGUCCCGCAAAUCCUCUUCCCAACCUUCAUCUCCGAGAUGGAACGGCCCCAAGAUUUUCCUAAGUCCCUCGCAGUUUUGACCGGAAUCUCUGUCUUUCUAUUCAUUGUUCCCCCGUCGAUUGGAUUCAGAUACCUUGGCCAAUACUCCACCGCCCCUGCCUUCGGUUCCCUCGGAGUUGUGGCUUAUAAAAAAGCUUCCUUUGCCUUUGUAAUUGUGCCUACACUGGUGAUUGGUGUUAUCUACGCCAAUGUUAGCGCAAAGUUCGUCUACUUCCGUAUUAUGGGCAAGUCGCACCACGCACACAGCAACACCGUGAUCGGCUGGGGCGUCUGGGCCGCCGUCAUGGCCGGAAUCUGGAUCAUCGCCUUCAUCUUCUCCGAAGUCGUUCCCAGCAUGGGAGAUUUCCUCUCCCUUCUCGGCGCUGCUUUCGAUUCGUUCUUCGGAUUCAUCUUCUUCGCUGUGGCCUACUGGGAGAUGUAUAAGAGGGAGUUGUUUAAGGGGCUUGGAAGGUCGAUUAUGACUGUCAUUCAUGUGUUUGUUAUGGCGGUUGGGUUGUUUUUGCUGGGUCCGGGAUUGUACGCAGCCGUUGAGGCUAUUAUUGGGGAUUACUCCGGUGGAACGAGACCGGCGUUCAGCUGUGCUAAUUUGGCUAUCUGA